AACUGUACAAUAUACUUUGCACAUCUAUAAAUAAUUAUCAUACUAACAUCUUUGUUUAUUUUUUCUGUAAUUUAAUGUUUUUUAAUUGAAAUCUCUCCUGUCCAGGCUUUUGAAGAAUGUCAGGUACACGUGUAAUAUAGAGGAAAUUAAUUGUGUUUUUCUAUUCAGUCAGACCCAUGAGAUGUAUAAAUGCUGACACAAAUAUACACACCCACAUCAAGCAUUGAUCCUACUGUUUAAUAAAAACAAAAUAAUUUAUCACAAAUAUAAAGCUGUUUUUGCCCAUUGUAAGUCUAAAAUUAAAACAAUAUAUAAUUAAAUACAAUUCUGUGCAUAAAUAGAUUGAUGCCAUUAUGUCGGUAUUAGCUUUAACUGCAUAAUGUACAGUAUGUAUUAAAAAGGCAAAAUAAAUGGGCCUUGGUCCUGUGAUCUAAAUGCUCAAAAUGGCGGUUUGGAGAUGAUAAAAACGACGACGACAAAAGGGAGGACAAAAAUGUUGGGUUUGUUUGUAUUUCAAACUGAAAAUCAUGAAAACCACGUUAUUGGUUCAACUUCGCGUUAUCAUUCGCGCAUCAGUUAUUUACAUUCUUUUCACAUUAGGAAAUACUUGUGGGCCAAGUGAAUAUAAAUCAUCAAAAGGGGAAUAUUGUCCGAUGUGUAAUAUAGGAAAUUAUGUCUUCUGGCACUGCACAGAUGAUACAACUACAACAUGUGCACCCUGCCCUUCUUUUACCUUCAUUGAUGAAUCAAAUGGCUUCACAAAAUGCUUUCCUUGCACUGUGUGUAAGGCAGAAAAAUGUUUAAAAGUGAAUAAAGCCUGCACUAGAUCUUCAAAUACUGUUUGUGUGCCACUGGAGGGAUUUUACUGCAUUGACAAAAUUCAAGGCAGCUGCACUUUAGCUGUGAAACACUCUAAAUGUAGUCCUGGAAAAUACAUCAAACAAGCAGGUACUGCUUCCACAGAUACUUUGUGUGAUGAUUGUACUGGAGAAACAUAUUCAAAUGGAUCUUUCUCAUCCUAUUUGACACACACAAAAUGGCCUCAGGGCUUACUGAAAUAAAACCAGGAACACAUUCAUCUGAUGCUGAAUGUGAAAAUUCCACUACUGUUUCCACCAUCAUUACAAUUAUUGUUAUAGAAACUGUAUUAUUAUUAUUAUUACUUACUUCACUAAUCGUGUAUGUAUGUAUUUGGAAGAAAAAAUCUACAAGUUCAGGUAAGCUUCAUUCACUUUUUUUUAAUAUGUUGUAGUGUUGAGGCAUUAUGUGAUCUUCUCCUUUUGGGCAUUUUAUGUAAAUUCAACAAACGAAUUAAGUAGUAUAGAGCAGGUGUUAUGCACCAUAAAAAGUGAAAGUUGGUUCAACUUAAAAGAUUACUUAAAUUGGUAACACAAAAACAAAAUAAGUUAAUUCAAGAUCCAACUUUUCAACUUUUUACAAUGUUGAAAUUGUCAGACUAAUUGGGAUUUUUUGGGUGGGUGUGUGUGGGGGGCUUAAAACCAAAAAAGAACAGAGAUUACUGUUUUGAACAGAGAUUAGAGUGAUUAACAACAAAUCUGUUUUGCCUUUAUUACUGUAUGACUUAAUUGACAAAUUUUUCUUUAACACAAAAUACACUGCACUAAUAAAGAAAUAAUUACACUAUUAACAAUUGUAUUUCUUUUUUUCACAUCAAACAUGGAUACAGGAAACGGGAAUGAAUUUACAUGAAAAAGAGAGUUUAAAAGGAAGAGAAAAUGAACCCUCUCUGGAAAACAAAGUCAGACUAAAGAAUACCAAUUUGGAAAAUAUUCCAAUUUCUAGUCCCCUCACAUCUGUCUCCAUACACUCUGAGGACAUUGAGAUGCCUAAAAUUAAACAAACAGUUUUUGAUCAAAACAAAAAACUGAAUGAGUUAUUAUGAAUGAUAUGUACCCAACAACAAAUCAGCCCAUGGGAUCAACAAGGUAAUGUGUACCAGGCCUCAAAUAUUAAAUGUAUUAUCCACGUACCAAUAGUGAUAUAGUAUUCCUUGUAAAGUAAGUAACAAAUAAAAACUGUGUGUUUUCUGUGCAUUUUCUGUGCACCAACUUUACAUUAGAAAUGUCUUCUUAGAAACAGCAUUCUUUCUGGAUCAUAAUUUUGCACAAUUUUUUUUGUUUUGUUUAUUAACAGCAAAGAUACUGGAUGUAACAAGAUUGAGCCAUGCUAUUACUAUCGCUGCAUCCCAAUUUUGAUGCUAUCAGUACAAAAUAGUAUUUGAAAUUAUAUUUAGUAUGUUUCGACUAUUUUAAUGCAUUCAGAUUCCUAUAACACAAACAGUGCAUACAAAAAUACAAACAAAUAAAACUUUCCAUUGAUGCAGUACUGUGAAUAAGAAUUAUAUAUCAACAAUUUGUGGUCUCCUAGUUAUUAACUACAUAUGCAGUUUAACAUUAUGUGAUUGAUUUACAACAAAACAUAAAUCUUUUCAUCUCUAAAAACAUGUUUUUUUCUUAUAUGUAACAAAAGUAGGCGUGUGAUUUGAGGCCGCCAAAGAUACACUUUAUGCAUCCUUCAAAACUGGCUAACUGAAGGACACAAAACAAAGGCUGCUUCCAAGCAUUCUUCAGAUUGAGACGUCCUUCAACAGUGCAGUCAUUGUGUUGUGGUAAGAAAGGAUACAGCUACAGCCAAAAUCUUGUGAGAUCCCACCGGAUGAGCGCUGUUUUCAUCCUAAUUCUACUGUACGCGUGCAGUAGCUAAAAUGACCAAUGACAAAACUGUUUUUAUUCCAGUUUAAGAAACAAAAGUUAUGGUACAGUUCAUGUCAUGUUUAAUUGUUGGUCAGAAAUAUGUUUUUUUCAAUUGACUGUUUAAAAUUUACACAGUGACAACCAUAUAAUGAUAGUUACAAUACAAUGCAACAUGUAAACUUAUUACUGUUUUAGUAAACAUCUGUUAACACAUUAAUUAAAAAAGGCACCAAACGUUUUCCUCUAAAAUAUUGUUCCAUUUUAUAUUGCUUUGUAUUAUAUAUAUAUAUUUUUUUAAAGUUUUCUACUGUAGGCUAUUUUUGUUGAAUAACCAAUAAAGAUAUAUUAUAUUAUCAGACAAGGAGCAGUUAAGAGGAUAG